AUGAAUUUCCGCCAGCGGAUGGGGUGGAUCGGCGUCGGACUGUACUUGUUGGCCAGUGUCGCUGCCGUGUAUUAUAUAUUUGAGAUCAGCCAAACAUACAACCGACUUGCACUGGCACAAGUAGAAAAGGCGGCUGGAGUGCAGACAAAAUGGUCGGGAGAUGCUUCUUCCUCUUCUCCAUCUUCAACUUCAUGGAUCGUGACUCUGAAAACGAGACUUCUCCUCCUGCCCUUCUGGGUGUGGGCCACCAUUUUCCUCAUUCCCUACCUCCAGGUGUUCCUCUUUCUUUACUCCUGCACAAGGACGGACCCCAAAACUGUAGGAUACUGUAUUCUGCCCAUCUGCCUUGCUGUUCUCUGCAACCGUCACCAAACCUUCGCCAAGGCCUCCAAUCAGAUCAGCAGACUGCAGCUGAUUGACACGUGA